UAUAUCCGCACGACAAGGGAAGCCCCUUUGCUUAAGAAAAAAGCCUCGCUGCACCAACUCGAUCGGCAAGUACAGUUCCAUCUCGCUCGUCGAUGCCGUCUUUCAUCGACGGCCCAAGCCUCCGGUCGCUGCUCCGGCCGUCCACGAACGGGCGCCGGACCAAGACGCCGGACAGCGCCGGCGGCGGCAAAGGAGGAGGCGGCCAUGGCCAUGGAGGAGGGAUCUUCAAGAUGUUCAAGCUCAUGCCGAUGCUCUCGUCGGGGUGCAAGAUGGUGGCGCUGCUGGGCCGGCACAACAGCCGGGCGCUCCUCGCGGACCACGCCACGACGGUGACGCUCUUCGGCCACCGCCGCGGCCGCGUCAGCCUGGCCAUCCACGAGGACACCCGCGCGCCGCCGGUGUUCCUCAUCGAGCUGCCCAUGCUCACCAGCGCGCUGCACAAGGAGAUCGCGUCCGGGGUGGUCAAGCUGGCGCUGGAGAGCGACACCCGCAGCGCGCGCCGCCGGCUGGUCGAGGAGUACGUGUGGGCCGUCUUCUGCAACGGCCGCAAGGCCGGCUACUCCAUCCGCCGCAAGGACGCCUCCGACGACGAGCGCCACGUCAUGCGCCUGCUGCGCGGCGUCUCCAUGGGCGCCGGCGUGCUGCCGGCCGCGCCCGAGAAGGACGGCGGCGUGCCCGCGGGGCCCGACGGCGAGCUCACGUACGUGCGCGCCCGCGUUGAGCGCGUUGUCGGCUCCAAGGACUCGGAGGCGUUCUACAUGAUCAACCCCCACGAGGGCGGCGUCGGCGGCGACGGUGGCGACGACGGCAGCGCACCGGAGCUGAGCAUUUUCCUAGUGAGGAUGAAGUGAACAAAGACAAGCACUUCGUCUUACAUGUAUACUCAGGCGAGCAGAUCAGAUCGGUUUUCGGAGAAAUUGGAAUAUAAAUAGUGAGAGAGAGAGAGAUUAUGUGUAAUAUAGCAAGUUCAAAUGAGUACAUGUCCAUGCUAGACAGUAGUUACUUUUGUAUUUCGUAUGGUGGAUCGGUGAUUGAAUUCUCGCUGCGAGUUAUUGACAGAUCA